CCGCCACUUGCUCAGGGCCACCCGAAGGUGCCUGCUGUCGUCUUUGGUUGUCACAGGUCUCAUGGAGGAAACCCCUUCUUGCUGCGUGUUGUCUUUCAUUUUUACUGGUGAAGGUGUGCACAGUGCAGAUCCUGUGUCAGCUGUGCUAGCAAAAUAACAGGUGUGAUUUGCUUUUCAACCUUACAGUGCUUUCAGAAUGUAGAUUUUUUUUCCUUCUUUUUCGAGUAGGAGGAGUUGGAUCUUCAGUGGAAAAGCCUUGUCAUGUGCUGGGGAAAGAACUGCUGGACCUGUUGCAUGAUGCCUGGUGCUUGUGACCGAGUAGAGAACCUUGCUGUCCCCCUGGGACUCCUGCUGCCAGCCUGCAGAGGGGCUGGGCCUGGGACGGCAGGGGCCACAGCGGUGGGCGCAGCUGAGGGGCAGGGCCAGGACCCAGCCAGCAGCAUCUGCCAGGGAGCAGGGUGUAUGUACGCAGCCCAGCAUCCCUGGCUUCUGUACUUUCCUGUCCCCUCACAGACAGUUCCCGUGCAAUUCUGGGCGUUUGUGACCAGUGUCUCCUUGGUACCAUUAGUAACCUCUCAAGUGAGAAGUCGAAACGCUUGUUUUCAUUUAACCAGCUUACCAGAUGUUUCCUGUAGCUUGACAGAUGCAGCUUUACUAGAAAGUUACACUCGUGAGAUUUGGAGUGUUAUGGACACUGUUGCUAUAGACAUUGCGUGGGCAGGAUGUGGAAGGCGAUGUUCGCGUCAUUUCGGGGGUUGAGUGGGUUUUCCCUGCAAUGGAUGGACAUGCUCCUGCCUUCUUCCUUACACCUCUGGGACCCGGUGUAAAGGAGAUGGUGGCAGACUAAUCAGAGCUGGGUGCCUUGGUUGGUAUCACUGAGGUCACAGGAACUCAGGUGUGGGCAAGUGGGAACUCAGGAGCAGCUCCCGGCUUCCUGGCCUUUAUGGCUACCUGAUGCCAGAGUCUGGCAUGAAAUCUGCAGACUGGGCGGCUUUCCACGACCCUCUCAGGCUCCUGUGAGGCUGAGGCAGGCUGCGGCUUUGACCUGGUGCCUUCAGUCAGCGGUCAGCAAUGUCCUAUCCCAGAGCUAUGUGGGAGACAGCAGGAAGGUGCCCCUGCAGUGUUCAGGUGGCCUGCUGGAGGGCAGGGGGCAUCUGGGGUCUCUGUUCCUCCUUUCCUUCCUGCCUGGCCUGCCCCUCCUGGGUUUUGUUGAGUGCAUUUUCAAGUUUUAUAAAAGCCUCCAAUAGUGGAAGAUGCAGAAACAAAGGAGGAGGAAAUCGCUGGCUGUGACUGACAGCAGAUCCAUUUUCUCACAAAAUGGAACUGUAGAGAUGCAUGUAGCGUUCUGGCAAACCGCCCCUGUAAGCAGCCCCUCCCAGGACUUGCCAGCCUCCCCUAGGCCAGGGAGCUUUCCCCGCCCUGGGCCCUCCUUGUGGGGACUCUUAUUGUGGCGGGGCGCUGCCUGGCCAGGCGCACUAGCUGCCAAGUCCAAGUCCCAGUCCGCUGCUUUCUGGGAGGAGGGAGGAGGCCACGGCUGGUCCCUGUGCUCCUUGGCAAUGAUUAAAGUGAGGAACAAGGCCACCAAUGGAGACUGUCGGAAGGACCCCCGGGAGCGCAGCCGCAGCCCCAUAGAACGCGCCGUGGCCCCUACCAUGGGCCUGCAUGGUGGCCACCUGUAUGCGUCCCUGCCCAGCCUUGGGGUGGAACAGCCCCUUGCCCUGACCAAAAGCAGUGGGGACACUGGCCGGGCAGCUGGCCUCUCUCCCACGCUCACGCACGUGGAACGGCAGCAGAACCGGCCCUCGGUGAUCACCUGUGCCUCAGCUGGCGCCCGCAACUGCAACCUUUCUCACUGCCCCAUUGCACACAGCGGCUGCGCUGCACCUGGGCCUGCCAGCUACCGGAGACCACCCAGCGCCGCCCCUGCCUGUGACCCGGUGGUGGAGGAGCACUUCCGCAGGAGCCUGGGCAAAAACUACAAGGAAUCGGAGCCAGUGCCCAACUCUGUGUCCAUCACCGGCUCUGUGGAUGACCACUUCGCCAAAGCCCUGGGUGACACGUGGCUGCAGAUCAAGGCAGCCAAGGACGGUGCAUCCAGCAGCCCCGAGUCAGCCUCACGCCGGGGCCAGCCCACCAGCCCUUCCGCCCACAUGGUCAGCCAUGGCCACUCUCCAUCUGUGGUCUCCUGAGGGCGCCCGGCACCACACCCGUCUGCAUGGUUUGCCUGAGCUUUGAACAGUCAGUACUUCAAAAAGAAAAAAAAGAAAAAAAAAUUUGUGGGGUGGGGUGGGGGGAAGGAAAGGGGGUGCUCACAAACCCGCACUAUGGGGUUCUGUGCUCUUCUGUCUCAUACUUGCUUGGUGUCCUUGCAAGGGGCCCUCAGUGUGCCAGCAGGCGGCAUGCAGUCGGCGGCAUUCUCUGUGGCGCUCGUUUCCUGCCUCGGUUACCAAAGAAAUCUCCGGCACAGUGUGCAGCCAGCCAGGGCUCCAGCAUCCUCAGCCAUAAGCCAUGACGACUUUGGGGGUCCCAGCGCUCUGUGCUCUUCUUGUGUGCUUCCCCAGGCCGAGUGUGUGUGUGUGUGUGUGUGUGUGUGUGCACGCGUGCGUGUGUACUUGGAGCAAAGUACAGCAUCUGAUUUGCACUACUGGAGGACGGAGGCUUUGCCUGGCAGCUGCCGCAUAGCACUGGCACCCUGAGGGCAGAGUGCUGGGACCGCAGGGCGGCCGCUCCCGACCCUCCGUGCUGGGGUGCAGUGAGGUAAGAGGAGUUUGGGGUGCCAUGUGGGCUGCAGUCUUGUCUAGAGUCGGGGCUGCCACGUGGGCAUUCACCCUCUGGGAUCACUACAGCUGUUGGGGCCUGAGGUCAAGGACUCCAUAGUGCUUUAAAGAGGACUCAUGUUUUAAUGGAGAAAAAAAUAGCUGGUUUCUAUUAAUUUUAUAGACAGUGACCCUAAGUACUUAUGGCUUCUUUUCAGAAUUAGUUUGUCAGUCCCAGUCCUAGAUCUACUUACUGCUGGUACAGUUGUACUCUGAGCUAUUUGAUACUCGCAAGGAGCGCAGAUGGCCGCAGCUGGCAGGCGGCGGGAACAGGCUUGGGCUGCAGGGGGCCAGCACCACUGCCCCUGGGAUCGCCACUGCCUGGUGACACACCCCAGAGACCUGGAUGGUGCCUCAGCUUCCCGGGCACAGCCCGAUCCUUUGGCUAACUGCAGAUUGCUGUUGAGCCGCACCAUGGCGUUCCAUGUGCUUCCUGGUGCGUGGGGCCAAGGCCAUGUACAUUCCUGACUUUAUCCAGUUACGACUGCAUUUAUCGUCUGCCGUAUUCACAGCUACUAAAAUUAGACAUUAGAAGCGCCCAAGACAGGGCUGUGGGUGCCCCACAGCCACUCCUCCUCUUGGUCAGUGAGCAUUUCUGUUCCCACCCCAGGGGUCGGCAUCCAGCCUGGCUCCUAUGGGACUCCAGACAUCACCUGAUUGGGUGACACAGGCGUGGCCACCUCAACUAUGAGGCACGAGGGGCGCAGGAGUCCUGAGCUGGCUCACAGGAGGAGACGCCCAGGCCCACUGUUGACUUUGGGACGGUGGUGGGAGGUUGGGCCUGGCUCUCGUGGUUACACUGGUCAGGCCGCUGGCCUUUAGAGUGGAAGGAAGCCCAUCUCCAGGCCCAGUCACUCCCACUGGACUGGGCUUCCAAGCUUUGGCAUUCAGGCCCCUGUAUUUUCUGUAGGAAAAAAAAUCGUUGAGAACACUUUUUUUAUAUAGGUAACUUUAAGACCAUCAUUACGCUGUGCGUAAAGAAUGUACAGAGAAAUUUGUAGGUAUUUUUUGAAGAACAAUUAAUUUGUUAAUGAUAUGUAGCUAUUUAAUUUUUCCCUUUCCUAUCGUAAUCAUUCAUUUUUUUGUUGUUUGGAAAAAAAGUUGAUCUUUUUUUGGUCGUGGAUGUGUCCGUAAACGUGCAGGAACACAGGUACGCCGAGACCACCAUCCGCAUUCAUAGCCACACGUUUGUUACUGCUGCAGGCUACUGAGCGCGGGCCAGAGCCACCGCUGCGGACCCUUCCUUGGCCAGUGAGUGGGCGAUGCUUGGGGACGGUGGUGCUGGUGGCCGGGUCCCCACGCUGACCUAUCUGGGAUAGGCCGUCCCCAGACCCAGGCCAUCCGCGGCGCGUUCUGACUCCUAUGAUAUGUGUAAAUCUGUAAUAUACCAUUCUCUGUGGCCUGUUUUUCCUGGAAGAAGAAGAAAAAAAAGUUUGGCAGGCCAUCUUUUUUUUUGUACUUAAAAGUAGCCUUAAGAACAAUAAUAAAGUGCUCUUAAACCACA